AUGAGUAUAAAUGAUAAUUUAAAAAAUCAAAAUAACACAAAUUCGGCCAACCCUAAUAAUAAUAAUAAAAAUAAUAAUAAUAAUAAUAAUAAUAAUAAUAAUAGUAAUAAUAAAAUGUCACCAAUAAAAAUUGAAAAUAUUGAAAAUAUGAAUGGGAAAAUUGAAUUAAAUAAUAGAAUUAUAGCACCACCUCCACCUCCACCAUUAUUAAUUAAUAAAAAAUGUACUUCACAAAAUGAUAGCAAAAACAAAUCGGAAUUAACAAAAAGUAUAUUAUCUUCAACAGAAUCUAUGAAAACACUUUUAGAAAGUUUUCAAAGAAAUAAUCUAUCAAAAACAAAGACAAAAGUUAGGACUGCAGAUGGAAGGGUUUAUGAAGAACAACUAUCAGAUAGCGGUCAUUUGAUAGAAUAUAAAGGUUUGGAUGAAAGUACUUCAAUUAAAAUUUAUAAAGAGAAAACUCAACUUACUUCUUUUAAUUACUGUGAGAAAUUUAAACAAUGGAUACCCUAUUCACAUAUUAGUAAUAUUAUCUUACCAAAUUCUCCAACAACUACAACUAUCAAUACUACAACAGCAGCAACAACAAAUACAAAUACAACAACAAAUACAAAUACAAAUAUAAAUUCUAUUAAUGAGAAUACGUCAAGUUUAAAUUCAAAUGAUACAACUACAGUAUUUGAAGAUAAAAUUUUAACAUUUUUAACAUUUAAUGUUUGGUUUGAUUCAUUUUUGUGGAAACAAAGGGCAGAGAGAUUAUUUAAAACCAUUGAAAGUAAAAACCCAGAUGUUAUUUGUUUACAAGAAGUUACACCAAUGUUUUUAGAUUUUUUAAAGGACCAAAAAUGGGUAAAAGAUAGAUAUUGUAUAUCAGAUAAUGGUGAUUUAGAUACUGUCUAUCCAUAUGGUGUGGUAAUAUUAUUUAAAUAUGAUACAAUGGUUUUAAAACAAAUGUCAUUAUGUCCUCUACCCGAUUCAAAACAAUCAAGAAAAAUGAUAUCUUCAAUUUUUUCAAUUAAUAACUGUAAUAGUAUUAGUGAUGUAAAUAAUAAUAAUAAUAAUAAUAAUAAUAAUAAUAAUAAUAAUAAUAAUAAUAAUAAUAAUAAUAAUAAUAAUAUAUCUUUAACAACUUCAAAUACUUCAAAUAAUUCAAAUGCUUCAAAUACUUCAAAUACUUCAAAUACUUCAAAUACUUCAAAUACUUCAAAUACUUCAAAUACUUCAAAUACUUCAAAUACUUCAAAUACUUCAAAUAUCAAUAAUAAUAUUUUAAUUUCAAUUUCAACAGUUCAUUUAGAGAGUUUAGAUAUUAAUACAGAGCCAAGAAUUAAACAAUUUAAUAUGGUUUCAGAUUUUAUUGAUAAAAGUAAUAUUGCAUUUGGUACCAAUUUAAUAAAACAUCAUUUUAUAUUGGGUGAUUUUAAUUUUGGUUCAAAUUCAAGAGAAAAUUUUGAAAUUAGUAAAAGAGGAUUUAAUGAUCUCUGGAAAGAUUUAAAUAAUAAUAAUAAUAAUAAUAAUAAUAAUAAUAAUAAUAAUAAUAAUAAUAAUAAUAAUAAUAAUAAUAAUAAUAAUAAUAAUAAUAAUAAUAAUAAUAAUAAUAAUAAUAAAAUAGUGAAAGAGAAUGAAGGUUUUACAUAUGUUAAAAAACCAAAACGUGUUGAUAGAGUUUUGUUUAAAUCAUUGGAUAUGUUUGAUUCAUCAAUUAAACUUGAACCACAAAGUUUAUCUUUAAUUGGUUUUGAACCAGUUGAUAUAGAUUCAAAUACCCGUUUAAUUGAAAAUAUACCUUUAGAUGAACAUAUCUAUCCAUCAGAUCAUUUUGGUUUAUUAGCAACUUAUAAAUUUUCUCAAAAAAUAAAAUAA